AUGGCUGCAGCCUUGGAGUGCUGGUCGAGCCGUGCCGGAGGUGGUGCUCUCGACGACGAUCUGGUGGAUCAGGUACUCAUGCGCACGCACGAUAGGUCCGAGUCCCUUGUUACGUCUCCACCUGAGACGACUUUGGAGGCCGAAGGAUCCGCCGCAACGUUUUUUGAUCAGAGCUCAUCGGCUAUGCAGAAGCGGUUUCAGCGUCUCAGUCGCAACGUCUCCGAGGCGAUCGCUUCGCUCAAAAACUCCCUUAGUCUCGACUCCGCGCGGGACAACCAGAGUGCCGGCGGAGCUCCGUCGCCUAAGGCCGAAGUCGUCGGCGGCGGCGGAAGGAAGCUCCUGUGGGCUACUGUAGUGAGGAAUCUCGCUAAGAUGUAUCCUGGCAGUCAGUUACCGGAGAAGCUCGUAUCGAAUCUCAAGAAGCAUCACGAUUCUUUGCCCUUCAGUUACAGUCAGGCUGGUUUCGAUAUGAAAGAAGUAUUUCUACACGUAAAGUUGAUAGAGCAAGCUUCUGGAGAUGACAAUCCUGUGUUUAUGAUUCAAGAAGUGUCUGCCGAGGAAGCUCAGGGCUCAGUUCUCAGACUCACAUUCGCCUGUAACUCUUCUCUUUCAUGGUUAACCAUGUCAGGCGCUCUUAAUAGUGCUUCCAUUUGUUGCAAGAAGUUACAAAUCUUUGAGAAGAAGGGGUUGACUCUCGGUGUUGUUCUUCUUCUGGAUCAGUCUGGGCAAGAGAAAUUGUUCAAAACCCGGGUAGAAAACGCUCUUAAGUCUGCAACGAGGAAGCCAAAACCGACUUGUGUUAAGCUCCCUUUUGGGCUUUGUGGCUGUCAAGAACAGAACGGCAGUGUUGGGGAACUUGGAGGUGUUGAAGAAGAGUCCAUUCAGCAUAGUAAUAGGCUAGGGGUAGAAAAUCUGAAUGGUAUGAUCCAGCUUCAAAUUCCACUUCCGAGUUCUUCAUUUGUUGUAGCAAUUAAUGAAUGGCAGACCAUCCAAUCCGGUGGCAAUGAUAUUGGAAAAUGGCUAUUGAAUUCCGAUAGUUUUGAGUUCGGUGAUCAGAUUAGACCAAAUUUUUUCAAAGGAAUUUUCCGAGGAAAGAGGGUGGGAAUCAAGAAACUAAAAGGUUGUGACAAGGGGAAUUCAUAUGAGUUUGUGCUCCGUAAAGAUUUCUUGGAGCUGAUGACCUGUGGACACAAGAGCAUUCUGCAAUUUUACGGCGUUUGCAUCGAUGAGAACCACGGAUUAUGCAUUGUGACAAAACUGAUGGAAGGUGGGUCACUUCAUGAACUGAUGCUAAAGAACAAGAAGCUUCAAACCAAGCAGAUACUGCGAAUUGCUAUUGACAUAGUCGAAGGGCUGAAGUUUGUGAAUGAUCAUGGUGUUGCUUAUCGGGACCUUAAUACACAAAGAAUACUACUAGAUAAACAUGGCAACGCCUGUUUGGGGGAUAUUGGAAUAGUCACCGCUUGUAAGAGCUUUGGUGAGGCCGUGGAAUACGAAACUGAUGGCUAUCGUUGGCUUGCACCUGAGAUAAUAGCUGGUGACCCGGAGAAUACGGCAGAGACUUGGAUGAGCAAUGCUUAUAGUUUUGGGAUGGUACUGUGGGAGAUGGUGACAGGAGAGGCGGCUUAUGCGUCUUGCUCGCCCGUGCAGGCGGCUGUUGGGAUUGCGGCUUGUGGCCUAAGACCAGAGAUCCCAAAGGAGUGCCCUCAAGCCCUGAGAACUCUGAUGAUCAAUUGUUGGAACAACUCUCCCUCCAAACGCCCCAACUUCUCCGAUAUCCAUUGCAUGUUGCUCCGCACCAUAUCACGCUAA